GUCAAUCAGCCAGCCCUUUCACUCUCUUGACCUGCAGAAAGAAUUGAGAAUCAGAUGGCUGUCUCGGAUUACUUUUGGUUCGAUGACGGAUCGCUCAUCUUGGAGAUACAAUCGAAGAGGUUCAAGAUUCAUCGGACUCUACUCACAAGACAUUCGCCGUACAUCUCUUCUCUUCUUCAGAAUGCCGUGCCGACGAUGGCAGAACCGCAGGCAGUUGUUAUAGACGCAUCGCGGGACACGUCGGCUGAAGAUUUCGAGGUCCUGCUCCAGCAUCUGUACCAUGACUUCCCAGUCACGGUAGAAACCCCAUUCCCUCGCAUCGCCGCUAUCGUUCGCAUCACAUCUCCUGGACAGUUGCAUUUCCCCUCCUUGCAUGACGUUUCCUUGCGAUACUUUGCCUCGCUGUUUCCGAGCGGACCCACUCCGUUCGUGCACCCGCAUCCGUUAGAGGAGGCGCUGGAUCUGGCCACCGCCUUCGAGGUGACUUCUAUCCGGAAGGGUCUCUACUACAGUCUAAUGACUUCGACCGACUUUGACACUGGGCCUGCCUCAUCGGACUUUGUUACGCACUCCGGAACAGAAUCAGAUACUCAGGCGCUAUCCGCAGUGGCUGAAUCUGCGGAGCUUCCUGGAAAGGUGCCCUUGGACAUCUACAGACACACACUCUCUGCCAAAGACGCCCAAGUCUGUAUGCAUCUGAUGACUCAAUUCAUAGAGUACUUCACCCCUGUGCUUUUCACGCCCCCUGCGACUGCGCACAUGGCAUGCACCGAUGUUUUCGCAGACACGUGGCUCAGGUUGGUCAUUGAGCCAGCGCUUGGGAACGAAGGGGUGUACAAGCCCCUCGAAACGCUGGAGAACAUCAAGCACAUCGACUGGGCCAAGCACGGUCUGUGCGAGGUUUGUGUUGUGGACAAGAUUGCGGAGUGGUCCGAAGAGCAACACACAAUAUGGCGACUGAUGGACGGAUGGCUGCAUGCCUGAACCCAGUGCCUGGCACUUUCCGAAUCACGACUGUAUUAGACCAUGCGCCAAUAAAUGUAUGCAUUUGAGUUCGAAA